AUGGGGGAUAAAUCUCCAGGGAAUGCGAAAUCGUCUGAUCUGACACAAGUACAAAGACAAGCUCCUGAGCAGUGGCAGGAUGGGCAGAGUGGUGUGGAAGGCACGAUUAUCAGAGACCAGAGGGUGAAUCACCCUCUCAGACUUACUAGUGGUGGCACUGAAAGGGAGGAGAAGGAGGGCAAAGGAAAGGCUCUGAUGAUUGUUGAAUCUACAAUGGAUUUUGAGGCAGGACAAACUGAGAGGCCAACUAUAAAGAAUCUGGAACAUGCUAAGAAAGGCCAUACAGCUACAUGGAAAAGGAGAAAAGUGACCGCCACGAUCGUAAUCAAGCAAGCUACGCACAAGGUCGAGCCAGUCGAGCACGAGGCCAAUCGCUCGAACGAGCAAGUCUCGACGGGUUUGGAUGGACCGCAUGUUCUCGAUGAAUACAUAGUCGAGGUCGAGGUCGAAGAAGUCGAGGUCGAGGUCGAAGAAGUCGAAGUCGAGGUCGAGGUAGAAGAAGUCGAGGUUGAGAAGGAGAUGGUGGUGGUCGACGAGGGCCACGAGGAGGAUAUGCUCGAGGGUCCGAUGGUCGAAGUAGAAGAUGUAGUCGACGAGGCCGAGGAGGAGACUUUGGUCAUGGUCAAAGCGGUCCAUGGUGAGAAGACGCAC